GUUUUGAAAGCACUUGGUGUUGCCCCUGUCCUCUUUCAUUCGCUCCCACGCGAACAACGUACUAUUAAUCACAGUGGGCUGAAAGCUCAGCCGGAGAAACCUAUGGCCAUGGAGUCAAUGUUCAAGCCCGAUAUACUGAAAGGCAAGGUUGCUCUUCUCACGGGAGGCGGCUCCGGAAUCGGCUUUGAAAUCUCCACCCAAUUCGGCAAACAUGGUGCUUCCGUUGCCAUCAUGGGUCGACGCAAGCAAGUCCUCGAUUCUGCUGUUUCUUCUCUCCGCUCACUUGGGAUUCCGGCUGUUGGUUUUGAAGGGGAUGUUCGUAAGCAAGAAGAUGCAAAAAGAGUUGUGGAAUCAACUUAUAACCAUUUUGGAAGGAUUGACAUUCUUGUGAAUGCUGCAGCUGGAAACUUUUUAGCAUCAGCAGAGGAUCUGUCUCCUAAAGGAUUUAAAACAGUUAUGGAUAUUGACUCUGUUGGCACAUUUACAAUGUGCCAUGAAGCAUUAAAAUAUCUCAAGAAAGGAGCACAAGGAAGAAGCUCUUCUGGUGGGGGAACAAUAUUAAACAUUAGUGCUACCUUGCAUUAUACAGCUUCUUGGUAUCAAGUCCAUGUGUCAGCAGCUAAGGCAGCUGUUGAUGCUAUUACGAGAAACUUGGCUCUAGAAUGGGGAACAGACUAUGAUAUUAGAGUCAAUGGGAUUGCACCUGGUCCUAUUGGUGAUACUUCUGGCAUGGAUAAGCUGGAUCCUCGGGAAAUAAAUAGCGAAGCCAGACGUCUGCCUUUGUUCAAAAUCGGGGAUAAAUGGGAUAUUGCCAUGGCUGCUCUCUACCUUGUGUCAGAUGCAGGAAAAUUUGUCAACGGGACCACUCUGAUAGUUGAUGGAGGACUCUGGCUGAGCAAGCCUCGUCAUCUUCCAAAGGAGGCAGUGAAGCAGGUUUCCCGAUCAGUAGAAAAGAGGUCCAGAGUUAAUCCAGUUGGUGUUCCAACAAGCAAGUUGUGAUUUUGAAACUUCAUUUCCUGGUUGUCCCUCUACGUACCAGCAAACUUAUUUCUCUUACAGAGUAUUACUUUGGAGGUUUCCCAUCUCCUUGUACGAUUAUUAAUUCUCAUGUUUGCAUUCUGGAACUUUUAUAUUGCGGUAAUCCUUUUAAAAGGCAUACCAGGGUGAUGUAAUUUAUGCAGCCAACGCUACCUUAUAAGAUAGAGCUUCUUGUUGUUGUUCUCUUCUAAAA